UGUCAGUAUCAGGAUCAGUUGUCAGUGCCGGUUAAUUUGUUUUCACUUAUCUUUGCUGAAUUUUUCAGAUUCCUUAUUUUAUGAAUUUACAAUGUGUGGAGGAUUUACCUGCUCGAAAAAUGCCCUCAUUGCUCUCAAUGUUUUAUAUAUCUUGGUCGCUUUUGUUUUGAUUGGGGUUGCAGUUUAUGGAAGUGCUGCAUCAAUAGUCUCGAAUCUACCCAUCGUAGGAGGGAUUUUAGCAUGCGGAAUUAUAUUAAUACUGAUAUCAGUAUUGGGGUUACUUGGAGCAGUGAAACAUCACCAAGUUAUGCUAUUUUUCUAUAUGGUAAUUCUCUUUCUGUUAUUCCUCAUCCAAUUCUCCGUCGCUUGUGCUUGUCUUGGUGUUAACAGUGAACAACAAAAUCAACUAGCAGAACAAGGAUGGAAGCGAAGUAACAAUGCCACAAGAGCAACGGUUCAAGAAGUUUUCGGCUGCUGCCAGUUUGAUGGGAAUGUGGAUAAGCUAUUUCAUGGCCCUUCUUGUGAUACUGUGGAGCAAUCGUGCUGCAAGGACCCUAAUAUACCAAACUGUCAAUGCCCGACUUGUAUGACCAAAUUACAGAAUACUAUAAAUUAUGCUUUUAAAUUAUGCGGUUGGAUAGGUUUGUUCUUCAGUUUUUCAGAGUUCAUGGGAGUGCUAUUAACAGUGCGUUACCGUAACCAGAAAGAUCCUCGAGCUAACCCGAGUGCUUUUCUAUAGUGCAGCAAUUCUUUACAAAUGGAUAGCUGGUGUCGUUCUGGUGAGGCGUUAUCGUAACCUGUCGGAUCCGGAAGAAAGAAGGGCCACAGCUGUGUUUCCUCGUCACAACUUUACCUAUUGAUCUAGUCAACUACGAUAACAUUUAGUUUAUAUUUUGCCAUACCAAAGAUUACUUUCUCUUCCUGAAUAUUCCUGUGUAAUAUAUUUGUAAGCGUGGGUUUACAAGAUGUUUGCGUGAUACGAUGAUAGAUACGGCUAUCAUGAAGUUGUUUGUAGUUGUCUUUACGCUAAAUGAACAGACAUUCCAAUCAUGACUUAUAUUUUUACAGAAUAUAGUAGGAAAACGCUUCAGUAAAUUGGUGUGCCCUGGUUUCAAGUUUCGAAGUUGUGUGUUUUUCGUUAUUAACCUAAUCUACUCUGAAAUCAUC